AUGGCUCCGCUGUCACUCGCGCUGCUCCUCGUCGGACGCGUGACUUCAGCCGACAAGGCUGGUGAAGUAGAUAGAGAGGACCAGCUGAGGAGCCGGCUGAAGGAAUACGGCCUGGUCACUCCCUUCAGCACCGACUCCCACGGACACUACCUGUCGCACCUGCUCUCCGCCACCCACAAGCGGCGCGUCAGGAGGGCGGCGCUCCCCUCCGGCGAGCAGAAUCUCUUCUUCAACAUCUCCGCCUUCGGGAAGGAGUUCCACCUGCGCCUGCGGCCCAACGCCCGGCUGGUGGCGCCGGGCGCCGUGGUGGAGUGGCACGACGAGAUCGCGGGAAACGUCGGCGUCGGCGUCUCGGGCGCCAACCAGACGGACGCGGACGGCGGGGCGGAGAGGAUACUGCGCCGCGAGCUGCUCAAGACAGACUGCACCUUCAUCGGCGACAUCACAGACGUGCCCGGGGCCUCGGUUGCCAUUAACAACUGUGACGGACUGGCCGGGAUGAUCCGCACCGAUUCAGACGAGUACUUCAUCGAGCCGCUGGAGUGCGGCGCCCAGGAGCUGGAGGACCGGGGCCGGGUCCACGUGGUCUACCGAAGGUCGGCCCUGCUGCAGACCCCCUCCGACGUCCCCGGGGACCACCGGCCGCGAGAACCAGAGCUGGACGUACCCGGGACCCUGGACUCUGUGGCCCGGCAGGUCAAUGACACGGUCGCCCGCCGCCGCCGCCGCCGAGAUGCCGGGGAGGACGACUACAACAUCGAAAUCCUGCUGGGGGUCGACGACUCGGUGGUUCGGUUUCACGGCAAGGAGCACGUGCAGAACUACCUCCUCACGCUCAUGAACAUCGUGAACGAGAUCUACCACGACGAGUCUCUGGGCGUCCACAUCAACGUGGUGCUGGUGAGGAUGAUCAUGCUGGGCUACGCCAAGUCCAUCAGCCUCAUCGAGAGGGGGAACCCAUCGCGGAGCCUGGAGAACGUGUGCCGCUGGGCGUUCGUGCAGCAGAAGGGCGACGCCGAGCACGCCGAGCACCACGACCACGCCAUCUUCCUGACUCGCCAAGGCUUCGGCCCCACGGGGAUGCAGGGUUACGCUCCAGUCACCGGGAUGUGCCACCCGGUCCGGAGUUGCACCCUCAACCACGAAGACGGCUUCUCCUCGGCCUUCGUCGUGGCCCACGAGACCGGACACGUGUUGGGAAUGGAGCACGACGGCCAAGGCAACCGCUGCGGGGACGAAACGGCGAUGGGAAGCGUGAUGGCUCCUCUGGUGCAGGCGGCCUUCCACCGAUACCACUGGUCCAUGUGCAGCGGACAGGAGCUGAAGAGAUACAUCCACACGUACGACUGUCUCCUGGACGACCCCUUCAAGCACGACUGGCCGCAGCUGCCCGAACUUCCCGGCAUCAACUACUCGAUGGAUGAGCAGUGCCGCUUCGACUUCGGCGUCGGCUACAAGAUCUGCACCUCGUUCCGUACCUUCGACCCGUGCAAGCAGCUGUGGUGCAGCCACCCGGACAACCCGUACUUCUGCAAGACCAAGAAGGGGCCUCCCCUGGACGGGACGGAGUGCGCCCCCAGCAAGUGGUGCUACAAAGGUCACUGCAUGUGGAAGAACCCUAAUCAGGUCAAGCAAGAUGGCGCCUGGGGCUCCUGGAGCAAACACGGCUCCUGCUCGCGCUCCUGCGGCACCGGAGUCCGCUUCAGGACGCGCCAGUGCAACAACCCGGCGCCCUCCAACGGGGGUCAGGACUGCCCGGGAGUGAACUACGAGUACCAGCUGUGCAACACGGACGACUGCCCCAAGCACUUCGAAGACUUCCGAGCCCAGCAGUGCCAGCUCCGCAACGCCCACUUUGAGUUCCAAGGCGCCAAACACCACUGGCUGCCCUACGAGCACGCCGACGCCAACAAGCGAUGCCACCUGUACUGCCAGUCCAAGGAGAGCGGACACGCGGCGUACCUGAAGCAGCUGGUGCAUGAUGGGACGCGGUGCUCCUACAAAGAGCCUACAGCAUCUGCCAGCAUCUUGCUCAGCGGUGGUGAAUGUGUGAAAGUCGGCUGCGACAGAGAGAUCGGCUCCGGCAAAGUCGAGGACAAGUUCGGCGUCCGCGGGGACAACUCCCACUGCCGCACCGUGAAAGGCUCCUUCACCCGGACGCCGAAGAAACCCGGUUACCUUAAGAUGUUUCUCAUUCCUCCUGGAGCUAGACAUGUGACCAUCCAAGAACACGAGGCCUCCCCUCAAAUUCUUGCGAUCAAGAACCAGGCGACGGGGCACUACAUCCUCAACGGGAAAGGGGAGGAGGUCGCGUCCAGGAGCUUCAUCGACUUGGGCGUGGAGUGGAACUACGUCAUCGAGGACGAGGUGGAGACGCUGCACACCGACGGACCUCUGCACGACCCCGUGGUGGUUCUGAUUAUACCCAAAGACAAUGAAACGCGCUCCACUUUAAUGUACAAGUACAUCAUCCACGAGGACUCGGUGCCCGUCAACAACAACAACGUGAUCCAGGAGGACACGUACGAGUGGGCCCUGAAGAGCUGGUCUCCCUGUUCCAAGCCCUGCGCCGGAGGGUUUCAGUACACCAAGUAUGGCUGUCGAAAGAAAGGGGACACCAAGAUGGUCCAUCGGGGGUACUGCGACGCCGGCAAGAAGCCCAAACCCAUCCGCAGGAUGUGCAACCUGCAGGACUGCACGCAGCCUCAGUGGGUCUCCGAGGACUGGGAGCAUUGCACCAAGACCUGCGGCAGCCUGGGCUUCCAGAUCCGGACGGUGCGCUGCGUUCAGUGCCUCAGCGAGGGCACCAACCGCUCCGUCCACAGCAAGUACUGCAGCGGGGAGAAGCCGGAGAGCCGGAGGCCCUGCAACAGGGCGUCGUGCCCCGCCCACUGGAGGACCGGAGCCUGGUCGGAGUGCUCCGUGACCUGUGGAGAGGGGAUGGAGAGGCGGCUGGUCACUUGCCGGAUGGGAGAUCAAUGUAACAGCGAUAAACCGGAAACUGUGAGAUUUUGCCGACCGGGACCGUGCCACGAUGAGCCGUGUAACGGAGACAAGUCCAUCUUCUGCCAAAUGGAGGUGCUGGCGCGGUACUGCUCCAUCCCGGGCUACAGCAAGCUGUGCUGCGACUCCUGCAGCAAGCGCGGCGCCGGCGCCCUGUCUCUGUUCUCGGAGGCGGCCGAGGUCGAGGAGCACGUUCGCUUCGGGUCGGCCUCCCAGCUGCUCGAGACUCUGACGGCCGCGGCCAACGCCACUCGCGGCGGCAAACGGGGCCCCGGCAAAGGAGCCGGAGCCGGAGCCGCCGCCGCCGCCGCCCCCCCGAAACGCGCCGCCACCCCGGCCCCGCCGAAGAAAAAGAGCCCGCCGAAGACCCCGGCGGCGCCGCGGCGGGUCCAGCGAAGCGCGGGUCUAGCCGGCAGGAAGCCGUCUCCCCCGGCACCUUCCGCAGGGGGUCAAAGGUCGAGCGGCUCGACAGAUCGGCGGCGGCCCGCGGCGCACUCUGGAGCCGAGAGAUGA